AGCCCCGGCCGCGCCGUUCAGCCCGCGCGCAGCCGCCGCUCGGUUCUGCCUCCGCCUCGCGGGAGCCGCCCGAAGGCCCGACCGCCCUUACGCAGCCCCGCGCGGCGCAGCGCCCGCCGCCAUGCCCAAGAAUAAAGGUAAAGGAGGUAAAAACAGACGACGAGGUAAGAAUGAGAACGAGUCAGAAAAAAGAGAGCUGGUGUUCAAGGAAGACGGGCAAGAAUAUGCCCAGGUGAUCAAGAUGUUGGGCAACGGAAGGCUGGAGGCGUUGUGUUUUGAUGGCGUGAAGAGGUUAUGUCAUAUUAGAGGGAAACUAAGAAAAAAGGUUUGGAUAAAUACAUCUGAUAUUAUAUUGGUUGGCUUACGAGACUACCAGGAUAACAAAGCUGAUGUUAUUCUAAAGUAUAAUGCAGAUGAAGCCAGAAGUCUGAAAGCGUAUGGGGAGCUUCCCGAACAUGCUAAAAUCAAUGAAACAGACACAUUUGGUCCCGGAGAUGAUGAUGAAAUCCAGUUUGAUGAUAUUGGAGAUGAUGAUGAAGAUAUUGAUGAUAUCUAAUUUGGAACAGAGGUUUACAUUCCAACUUUCUUCCUCCAAGGAUUGUUCUACAUUGAUAUUUUGAUUUUUUUUUUUUUGGGGGGUGAAGUACCUUUCUUUUAAGAAGACUGAAGAUUCUUGGUAAAGAGUGUAGUUUGUUACAUCGAAAGGAUUUAUUUUCAAUGUUUGUUUUAAAGUAUUUAUAUUUCUUUAGAAACGGAUAAUGCUGGAUUAUCACAAAGGUUAAAUGAAAUGCCACAAAUAUUUUCUCUUCACCAAUUAGAGCUUUUAGCUCCGGGUAUAAGUGAGAUACAGAGACAUGGGCUGUAAAAGACUCUGGUUUUCCCCUCUUGUGCUUUCAUCACUACAAUUCCAGUUAAACUUGUAUUUUGAAAUAAAAAUUGUUUACCCUGUAAUUAUCAUGAAUUUUGAUUAAAUACCCAGUUUAGAUUAGUAUUAAAAUGUACUAUGCAGUGUCUGUCCCUAUACCCCUUGCCUUGACGUUAACUUUAAAAGAUUUUGAUAAUAUAAAAGGAAGGCAGAAAUCUGCAUUUUAAUUCGUAAUGCAUGAAUCUGCUUUUCACGUCUCGUAGCAUGCUGCUAUUUUUAUACUGAUUUUGAUAAUUGAGAACACUCACGAUUUCAAAGAAGCAAAUUUGCCACAGCGGAUGGGUGGAGGAGAAGCAACGAUAAAAACGUAAGCAGCAUCUUACAUUUGCAGUUGUUAAAAGCUGUCUUGUAUGCUUAGCUCUUCUGCCUGCUCAGCAGCUAAGUUGUAGUUGUGGAAGAUGAACACUGGGUGGCACCCAACAUAACAGGGAUGCGUUCAUACGGACUUGGUUCUGUACUGAAAAAAACCUAAAGUAGUUUUUCCCCAAAGCGAAUGCUUAACAUUCUUGAUAUGUUAAACUUGUAGAAUAUUUUUACAUUAUAGAAGGGGUUAUGUUAAGAGUAGAGUUUUAUUUUAAUCUUAAAUUCCACGCAGCCUAAGGUACAACGUUAAAGCUUAUUAUGUGAACUUUGAAUAACGAUAUAAAUGAGAAAUUAAAUUUGUGUCAGACGUAGGAAAAGAAUCUUUUCGUCCAGAAUGAAUCACUGAAACAAAUUAAUGGAAAGAUUCUUCUCCACCUUUGGACUGGAGGAGUCAGUUAAAGCUGAAUAAAGACUAACAUCAUCAUGAAAGUAUUAUUUUGUGGUAGCCUUAGUUUGUUUGUCUUCAGUUCUGUAUUUAACAACUCUGAAAGCAGGUUAAUGGAAAACUUCCUUUUGUGCCAUAAAAAUCUGAUUCUUGACACCUGUAUUCGUUAUACGGUCUUUUUGGUAUGAUGUAAAGUGACUGCCCCAAUAGAUAAAACAAAAUGUCUGUAAA